UCAUUAUCAAUCCACUGAUAACCACGACGAAGUUGGCGCGUCGCUAUAACUAGACAGAUUGACGAACCUCGCUCAACCACAUGGCGCGAUUUUACCGCCAACUCUUAUUUCCGUGUCUAUUCGUGAGAAAAAUUGCGAGUGGGACAAUUAUUAUUACCACUGUCCCCUUUUGAUUUCAAGUACACCUGUAUCCCCUGAGACGUACAAAAAAAGCGUCCUUGGAUCCAUUGUUGGGGUUUGCGCGCCAAGUGAAUCAAAGGAACUUGCCAAAAUCGGUGCGCAUGCGCAAGCGCAAGAGACGCGGCGCGGGAAGCGUCAGUCUCACUUGGCAACCGGUUGCGCGCGCACGCUCUGUACCUCCACGCACGCCGUUUUGAGGUUAGGACAGAAUUGGCGGGAUUCGGCGCCGGACGGUUAUCGCCAGGUGUUAUUAGCUAGUCUGCUCCCACGCACACGACCCAGUAUCCCCGUCUCGCCACUACCUGCGCACAACAGCUGUUUUUCUCUGGAGAUUAUUACAGUCAGAUGUUUCUCGCGAACCAGUCGGCGCUCACCUGACGCGACGCAAACAUCGUCUAGAUAAACAGUUCGGAAGUUCAAGAAGACAAUGGCAGCUGGAGGCCGCACCCCGAAGCAGAGGAGGAUGGAGGUGUCUGGAGUGAUGAGGAAUAGCCCGAGGAGACGGAGAGGAAGCUGCAAGUGCCUGUUCGGGGUUCCUGACCGGGACGAGACGAGGAGGCUGAUGGUGGAGCAGUACAACCGGGAACGGAAGCGCUUCAUCAGACGUUUCAACUUCGACGUGGAGUCAGAAUGCGCGUAUAAAGCUGCCAAGUUGGAGUCGCCGGUGAAAUUCGAGGAGGAGUGUGAGAAGAUGGUGGACAGUCCAGUGAGGACGGCUGCGGAGGCGUUGUCCAGUGUCGGGAACACUGACCUGAGGUUGCUGGGGUCACCCUCGAGGAGUAUCCACAGUGCUGCGUCCUCCCCCCGCACCCCUCGCACGCCCCGCGCCGCCCGCACCCCGCGAACCCCGAGGACUCCAGCCUCAAGACGGCAGCUGCAAAUGACAGAUUAUUGGACGGUGAGAAAACGCAGCGAUUCCACCUCAAGUGACAAAGAAAAUUGAAGGAUUCAAUAACCUCUAGUAGUUCUAUAGGUACAACAUAAGUAACAGAAUAAUAAUAUAAGAUAGUUACAUCAUCAAGACCCAUCACGUCUCCUGCUGGAGCACGGGUCUUCUUCCAAUGAAGGAAGAGUUUUAGGCGUAGUCCUAAUAUAAGAUACCUAUCUGUCUUAUUG